AUGUCAGCCGAAGAAACAACAAAUGCAGCCAUGGACGAGCUGAUGGACCAAGACGAUCAAAGCGUCGCUCCGGAGACGACCCCGCCCAACGGCGUCAAGAAACGAUGGCGCCGGAAUCGCGUCGCUUGCGAUGCCUGCCACACUCGUCGCGUAAGAUGCGACCGCGCUUUCCCAUGCUCCAGAUGCGUCGCAAGCCAGACACAGUGCGAACUCACUCGUGAGAGACGCAAAAGAGGUCGCAUACCUCGUAAUGACUCGUCGCGCAGAGAGAGUACUUUUGCGCGCGAGACAACGGGAAUAGCUGACGAGAAGAAACCUUUUACGGGAAGAAGGUCGACCACUACACAGCAGACCGAUUUUAUCAGCAUGGUCACGGAUCCCAUGCCCACCGAAAAAAUGGGACAGCCAACCAAUUUCCCUCGUUCUGCUCCUACGUCGCCCGAUCAUGUGCUUCACGCGUCUGCUCAAAGCAGUGGUGAGCACCUGUCUCGCCGAGAUACUUUACAACCUUCGCCGAGAGAGACAGUAGGAGGAGGAGACAGAGCGGUUGAGGAUUGGAUGUCAGGCUCAAACGGGUUCCCUCAAGGGCCAUAUCCUUAUCCAAUGUUUGGAAAUAUGGCAUUCUCGGAUGGUUUCUUUGAUAUCCCUUUCGGGAUGAUGGGCUUGAACAACUUGAAUGGGUAUCAAUUGUCGAGAUCUGUAUCUCGACAACAACGGAAAAAUGAGCAACCAGGAAAGCCAGCAGAAGCUCCGCUAAAGUACCCAGUGCUAGCGCCGUUGAUGCCUUUUCUCGAACCGUAUCUGUCGCGCAACCUGGUCUAUGAUCUCCUUGAUCUUUAUUUUACAAGUGCAUUUUCAACGGCCAUGCAUCCUGUGUGUCACCACAUCCAUUGCUAUGUUGUGCGAAAAGCAUCUUUUCUCAGUCACGACAAUCCACGAAAUACAAGUCCUGCCUUGCUUGCAAGCAUGCUCUGGGUUGCCGCACUUGAUGAUAGAGCUUUUUCAUUAUCAAUCUCCCCGCCAAAGCGGAAGAAGCUCUGUCAAUUUCUGUGCGCAUUGACUGUGCGACUCUUGAGGCCACUCAUUCAUGUCUCGUUCAAAGAUGACGAAGCUCUGCCUAUUAUCGAUCACGAAAACAGCUUCUCUCUUGGCGGGCACGACCGCACUCAUUCGUUCGAAGAAGGUGGCGAUGACCGAGGCUUGAUUGGGCCGGCCGGAUCGUUGGACGAUGUGAUUACCUAUAUUCACGUAGCUUCUAUUAUAUCUGCUAGCGAGCAAAAGGCAGCUAGCAUGCGAUGGUGGCACGCGGCCUUCACAUUAGCAAGAGAAUUGCGACUCAAUCAAGAAAUUGAAGCAACGUCCAAUCUCAGCAGCCCAGUCGACGAGUUGAAUCGGCCAUUCGAAUUCGCGGAAGGUACUGGCUAUGGAACAAAUCAUAGCGGUGCUAGUGGAAACUACUUUCUUCCCGGCGGACGAGCGAAUCUGAAUUGCGUAUGUACAAGACAGCAGCAACGGCCGAAUCUCAUGACAGAAGAGCAUUUUCAACCCCGAAACGGAAGCUUGAUUACAGAAGAGCAUCGAGAGGAACGUCGUCGAACUUGGUGGCUUCUUUACAUCAUGGACCGACAUCUCGCACUAUGCUACAAUCGACCUUUAGCUCUACUCGAUGCGGAAUGCGAUGAACUUCUUUUGCCGCUUGAGGAGGGCCCAUGGCAAGCUGGUGACGUGCACAGCAAUAGUUCCAAAGCCGAUGGACCUCAAUGUCCCGUUUCACCGGACACGAACAGGCGACGUUGUUUCCCGAACUUUGCAUGCAACGACCACUCAGUCUUUGGCUUCUAUUUGCCAUUGAUGGCAAUCACAGGAGAAUUGAUCAAUCUCAACCAGGCAAAGAAUCAUCCUAUGCUAGGCACUCGUCUGCAAGUUAAGACCGCAUGGGACGUACAAGUAAAUGAAGUCUUGCGUCAACUGGACACAUACAAAGCGACAUUGCAGGCAUUCUCAACUCAUUACGCCGCAGCAGCUCCUCCUCCUCCUCCAGCAGCAGGACAACCUUCAUCUUCCACAAUACCACCGACCGGCCAACCGUCAGGACUAGGUCAACCUAUGCAACCACUCACCCUAUCUCCGCCGGUCCUCAACGAGGCAGGGGGCAUCGAUGACGCAAACUACAAAUCCUACCACUCAUGGCACACCCAAACGGUCGUCGCAUACGCUUCCUACGUCGUGCACGUCCUCCACAUUCUGUUAAUGGGAAAAUGGGACCCCGUUUCCCUCCUCGAAGACAAAGACUUCUGGACCUCCUCCCCAACUUUCGCAUCCACAAUCUCGCACGCCCUCGAAGCCGCAAACGCGCUUGAGCGAAUUCUGCACUACGACCCGGACGUCAGUUUCAUGCCGUAUUUCUUCGGCAUUCAGCUCCUGCAGGGCAGUUUCCUAUUGUUGCUGAUCGUCGAAAGACUUCAAAAGGAAGCAGGGGAGGGAAUCCUCAAGGCCUGCGAAGUGGUGAUCAGAGCAACGGAGUCGUGCGUCGUGACACUCAACACGGAGUACCAGCGCAAUUUCCGACAGGUGAUGCGCAGUGCGGUGGCGCAGGCGAGAGGAAGGCCGGUUAAUCAUAGCGAGAUUCGGCAUCGAAGGAAAGCGGUUUUGGCGUUGUAUAGGUGGACGAGGAAUGGGACUGGGCUGGCUUUGUGA